AUGGAACAGUUAAUACAAAAUCUAACUUCAGUGGUACAAAAGAUGCAAGAAACCCAAUUACAAAUACUGAAUCAAGCAAAUCCGCAACAAUCACAUUUUACGAAACCAGAUCUACACGGUGUACAUUUGCAACCAUUCGAUGAAAACAACGAGUCGUUUAAUACAUACAUCCAAAGACUCGAAAACCAUUUAAGUUUACGUGGCAUUACGGAUGAAACUCCAGAAGCUGAUAGAAAAAAAGUACAAAUUUUUCUAAACUAUUUAGGGCCAAAGAUGUACCAAACGCUCUCAAACAUUACGUCACCUGACUCGCCCAGCUCUAAAACAUAUAAGGAGGUUGUACAGUUGUUGAAGAUGCACAUAUGUCCACCACCAAGUGAAAUUGCAGAACAGCAUCGGUUUUCCUUACGGGUACAGCACGAGGGUGAAUCAAUAGCAAAUUUUGUUGCCGAAUUAAAACGUUUAACUACAAACUGUAAUUUUAAGUGCAUUGAGUGUGAUAAACCUACAAUAAACACUCACCUCAGAUCACAAUUUAUAAAAGGUAUUCGCGACAACGACAUACGGGAACGGUUGUUACAGCAAACUGCUCCCACGUUUACAUUUGAUAAAGCUGUUGAAUUAGCAUUGUCCAUAGAAAUGUCGAAAUGUGAAAGUAAACAGCUGCAAAGCAACUCGAGUCAAAUAAAUCUUGUUAGUAAAAUUAAUGAAAAUAGCAAACCUUCGACUUCAAAAAAGAAGUUUGAAAGGAAAAAUUACAAUACCACAAAGCCUUGUGGAAUAGCCUCUUUAUUUGGGAAGUGUUUUAGAUGUGGUAAUCAAAACCACAAUGCCAAUGAUUGUUUUGCUAAAUUGAAAACUUGUACAAAAUGUGGAACCAAAGGCCAUUUGGCAAAUGUUUGUUUAAAAUCCGCGAAUAAUGCAAAAUUACCAAACAAAACUUCAACUACACGGAAACAACAUCAAGUUGAUGUUGAUUCAAAUUCAGACGAUGGUGCCGAUAUUUAUUCAAUUCAUGCAUUAAAUAUUUACAAGACAAACGACAUUAACAACGAUAAAAUUUUGCUAAAAGUAAAUAUCGACAAUACACCAACCAACAUGGAGCUCGAUACAGGAGCCGCCAUCACUUCCAUGUCAUUACGACAAUUUACAAAAAUAUGUCCAAAUAAAAAGUUAUUGCCAACAUCAAUUAAAUUACGUACGUACACUGGGGAAAUCAUUAAGCCGGUUGGGGUUGCAAAUGUUCAAGUCACUUACGAACACCAAGUACAAAAUGGUGAUGUCUACAUUAUCGAUCAGGAUGUUGAUGCAAUCUUUGGGAGAGAUUGGUUAAAGAAAAUUAAGCUGAACUGGCCGGAUAUCAAGAAUGUUUCCUGUUACAAUACAAGUGAGAAACUGAACACUCUGCUUGAUAAUUACAAAGACUUAUUUGUGGACGAAAUUGGGAAAAUUCCUGACUACAAAUGUUCCAUAAAAUUAAAUGAUGAAUCAGUUUCACCAAUUUUUAUGAAGGCACGACCAGUACCAUACGCAUUAAAAACUCGUGUCGAAGAAGAAAUUCUACGACUCGAAAAAGCAGACAUUAUCGAAAAAGUGGUACAUUCAAACUGGGGUUCUGCGGUAGUUCCAGUAAUUAAGAAAAAUGGGAAACUACGCCUAUGUGCUGACUACAAAGGCACAAUAAAUAAGCACAUUCGAAAUGACAAGUACCCUAUACCCAGAAUACAAGAUAUUUUUGCCAGUAUGGAAGGAGGUAAAUAUUUUUGCUCGCUGGACAUUAGUCAAGCUUACCUUCAUAUGGAAGUCGAUGAAGAAACUGCAAUGUUACAAGCAAUUUCAACACAUUUGGGUACCUACAAGGUAAAACGCCUUAUGUUUGGAGUAAAAAUAGCGCCAAACUGUUGGCAACGUUUUAUGGACCAAUUACUAAGUGGAUUAGACGGAGUUACUUGCUUCAUCGAUGAUAUUAAAGUCCAAGGCUCGACCUACCAAGAAACAAUCCACAGGUUGAAGCUAACCCUUGACAGGUUACGUACAAGGGGCUUACAUUUGAAUAAAAGGAAGUGCGAGUUCUUCAAGAAAUCAAUCAAUUAUUUGGGUCAUGUAAUUGAUGAAUCAGGAUUACAUGCCAUGCCGGACAAAAUUGACUCAAUCAAAAACGCUCCUCAGCCUAAAGACGUACAGGGGGUACGGAAGUUACUCGGGUUGAUAAAUUACUAUCACAGGUUCCUUCCAAAUGUGUCUUCGAAACUGGCACCUUUAUACGCAUUACUUGUCAAGAAUGCAAAAUUUGUAUGGUCCAAAGAAUGUGAAACAGCAUUUCGUCAAAUUAAGGAAGAACUCCCACAGACGCUGGACCAGAAGGAUUAG